CAUGGUAACACACCUUUACCGGUAAUCCACGCCCUGCCUCCUUCCACAGGAACAUGUAGAUAAGGAGUAAAAAACAUAUUACAGAAUUUAGAAAGUAUUAAUCCCGCUGAGACAGUGUAUUGACUAAAGGAUAAACUUACUAAGUACAGGACCAAGAAUGGACCGAGGACUUCUCUUUGUGGCCUCUAUGGUGAUGGGCUGCCUGGCACCAGGUGUUAGUGGAAACGGACAUCUCUCGUAUGCCAAUAAUACGGAGGUGAAUAUCACACGGACAGGCUGUGGAUUGACUAAGCUGUGUGUAGAGACCCCAGAACAAUGUGAUCCUACAGGAAAAACAAGCUGCCUCUUCGCUUCCAUCGUCACCACCGCCCCCUCUCCUCCUAAUGGAGUAGACCUGUCAGUUGAGCUCCUUGGGGACUCCAGUGGAUACAUUGCUCUAGGACUGACUGCCAACGAGACAGAGGGAACGUCUAUGGUUUUUAUCUGUGCCCAGAACAGAAAUGGCAGUUUCUUCUUCUGCUCUGCCCAGCGCAACAACCUCAACAACACAAUUUCUCUGACACAAAGGAUUGUGAAAAACAUCACUGGCUCAGUCAAUGGGACUUUCAUAAAGUGUAAAUUCAUGCUGCCAGCGGUUAAUGCAACAACCAGGACCAGUCACGUCACCACCUUCGUCACCUUCCUCGCUGUGGGAAAUGUCAGAAACGGUAUGGGUAUUGGUGACAUCAACAUACGCUUGACCAAUGAACCGUUGAACCUGGCUGACCCUACCAGCAACGUUGCAGCAACAACAACAACAACAGCAGGCAGCAGCGCACUCACAUCCCAAGCUGUGAUGGUCCUGCUCAGUGUGCUGAUGUAUCGUCUUUCCUGAAGAGAACCUGAAGGUUAGCCAGCUUCAACAGCAAUGGAAAGAGAACCCUUUUACACUAAAUAUUUGAAGGAAAAUUGACUCCGUAUCUCAGAUGAAUUACUGUUACGUGCAAUGCUACUGUUAAUGUGGGAUCCUGGUAACUUAAAUGUGUGUGAAAGGAAACAAUUAGAAUGUAUGUAUGCUAUAGUAAAAGGAAUUAAUUGGUUCAUAA